GGAAGGCAUUCUUUCACUGUUUUUCUGAAUUUGUUUCGACAUCAUCUCGUGAGGAAUCUAGCAGAGGCAAAAAGGGUCCUUUGAACUUUCCAAAGAGUGUGAAAUCGCCAUAUCACACGGCCGCACGCAAACUGACGGUCGAGCAAGGCAUUCUGGGAAGAAAACAAUGUUGAGCUGCUGCUAGCUAGCUGCAUAUGUGGAUGCAUGCAUAAAUGCAUACUGGGCUAUCCGCGGAUCAGCUGGCAUCACAAAACACAAACAAAAGGGAAGGAAGAACACAAUGACAGCGAUUUUGAGGUGGUUGAUUGUUGGUUGCUUUUGUUUAAUUGACGGAAAGGGGGACCAUGAUAACAGCCGACUCAACGUUCUAUUCCUAGUUGUUGAUGACUUGGCUCCAGUCCUUAGUUCUUAUGAUGGUAGAGCACUUACUCCUAAUAUUGACCAACUAGCGAGUCAGUCAAUUAGGUUCACUCAUGCCUACUCACAGCAACCGGUAUGUGCUCCAUCCAGAGUUUCAUUUCUGACGGGUCGACGCCCUGAUUCAACCAAGGUAUACUACAAUCGGGGGUUGUAUUGGCGUACUAAUGUAGGUAACUUCACAACGUUGCCGCAGUACAUGAAAGAAGCUGGGUACUUCACAGCCAGCAUUGGCAAGGUGUUUCAUAAUGGACCUGUCUGUGGUAAGCAUGAUGAUUCUCCUUACAGUUGGUCUGUACUGCCGUACCAUGCACCAACUUUAAAGUUUGAUUACGAUCCGGUUUGUCCAGGCUCGGAUGGGAAGUUACAUUUCAACCUGUUGUGUCCAGUGAACAUCUCCACCCAACCUCUAGGCUCCUUACCCGAUAUUCAGAAUACGGAUCACAUCUUGGAGAUUCUUCAGAACAUCUCAAGGAAGAAUGACAUAUCAUCUUCGGAUGAUCAACCGUUCUUUCUUGCAAUGGGUUUUCAUAAACCGCACAUCUCACUGAGGUACCCAGAAGAAUACCUAGGGCUGUACCCACUAGAGUCUAUCGACAUCGCUCCCAAUGCCUUCUACUCCAAGACGCAACCUCCAGUAGCUUGGAAUCCUUUCAUGGAUAUAAGAAGAAGAGAGGACAUAGCUGCCCUACAGAUGUCAUUCCCAUACGGCCCCGUCCCUGAGAAGUACCAUUAUCUGAUCAGGCAAUCCUACUACGCAGCCACUACAUUUAUGGACUAUGAACUCGGACGUGUACUUGCAGGAUUAGAGGAAGCUGGAUUUGCUGAAAAUACGAUUAUUACUUUCAUUUCAGAUCACGGAUGGCAACUUGGUGAGCAUCAAGAAUGGUCGAAAUUCAGUAACUAUGCUACAGCAACCAAUGUCCCCGUGAUGAUUCACAUCCCAGGAGUGACCGACCCAGUCAGAAAUAACGGUCAGCGGUCAAUCAAGUUUGCUCUAAAAGAUCCCUUCCAGUUGGUCAAGAAACAUCCCAGCAUUAAGGACAAGCCAGUGAGCAAGGGGCUAGUGAACGAUGCUUUAGUAGAACUUGUUGACCUAUUUCCAACCGUGGUCGACUUAGUGGAUCUACCUGUUCCGCCCCUAUGCUCAGAGGGUAUUACGCUGGAUACGUGCGUGGAGGGUGUCAGUCUUUCCCCACUCAUUACGGACUCUGUUAAGAGUCCCAAGAACGGGAGACCAGGGAUUGGAACUUGGAAGAAAGCAGCGUUCACUCAGUACCCUCGACCUUCAGAUAACCCCCGUGCCGACAGUGAUCAACCUGCAUUAGUUAAUAUCACCAUUAUGGGGUAUUCCAUGAUCAACCACACUUAUCACUACACAGAAUGGAUUGGCUUUAAUAACGUUACGUGUGAAGGGAAUUGGUCCGAUGUCCAUGCUAGGGAACUCUAUGUUCUACUAUCGGAUCCAUUGGAGGAUAACAACGUGGCGGAUGUACCAAGUUAUAGCACUACUGUGCAGGUGCUGUCCAAGUUAUUGCAAAAUGGAUGGAGAUAUGCUUUACCUGCGUACAUUGAACAAUAGUAUUGGUUUAUUUUCAGGUGCUAUCUAAAAAAAUACUUUAUUUUUAGGUGACUGCUAUAUUGUGCAAGUGCUAUCCAAGGAAUUGCAAAAUGGAUGGAGACAUGCUUUACCUGCGUACGUUAAACAAUAGUAUUGGUUCAUUUUCAGGUGCUAUCUAAAAAAUACUUUAUUUUUAGGUGUUAUAUUGUGCAAGUGCUAUCCAAGGAAUUGCAAAAUGGACGGAGAUACACAGUAUGCUUUACCUGCGUACGUUAAACAAUAGUAUUGGUUAAUUUUCAGAUGUUAUCUAAAAAUAUUUUGUUUUCAUGUGCUAUAUUGUGCAAGGGCCAUCCAAGGAAUUGCAAAAUGGAUGGAGAUUGCUUUACCUGCGUACGUUAAACAAUAGUAUUGGUUUAUUUUUGUUUGUGCAAACUCUUGACAAAAUCCAUUUUAAAGGCAGUGGACACUAUUGGUAAUUGUC